CACUGACGAGAACAAUCUACACGGUACCUGCGCUGUUUCAUACCAAGCGUCCAACUUGCUACGAACGAUUUGAAACCCAGGUCAUUCUUCAUCAUGGAGGUGUUAAGCGCGUACAGCUUUGCGACAGCAGGAUGGUUCACGCUCCAGUCGAUACCUCUGAUCCUGUCCCCAAAGCUCAUCGUAACGAUGCUUUCGCUCAACCUUCAUGAGGCAUCACCCCUCGAGAUCUACUUUUCUCGCUCGCUCGGCUGUGCUCUACUUACCAUGGCAGCGCUCAACCUUCUCCUUACAGGUGCAAUGCCUUGGAGCUCAACUCCGCAAUACAGUCCCGAGAAACCCGACCCGUACGCGCAGCCAACUCUGCUGAUCACUACCUUCUACCACUCUGCGCUAGCCUUCUACUGCUAUAUGCAAUAUACUCAAACGGAGCUCAGCGGCUUUCUGUUGGCAAUAGUUGGGAACUCGUCGCUGGCUGCCAUGGGACUGUGGUGCAUCUUAUUCGCAACGGACAAGGGGCACAUCAGCAGGCGCACUGGCAAGGACAAGCGGGUCAGUGGAUUCCCGUUCAAGAACGUAGACGCCGACGCUGCCAGAGGAAAGAAGAAACUGUAGAACAGACCGACUCUUGCGCGUCGGUCUGGCUUCAGAUGUGUGCAUAAACAGAGCGGGAUGUGGAUUUAUAAUCGCUUGCAAAUUUUACGAAUCAAGAUUCUUGCUGCGCGAGCCUCACACGGACCUCGAAGUCCGUGGGCUUCACGAACCAGUAGUUCUCCGAA